CUUCUCCCGAUAAACAUAAAGAAAUUGUAUCUAAACAAAAAGACGAUGGUAGCAUUAAACUAGAUGACUCGGUAUGUAAGGAGUUAGAUACUCCUAAAGAAGAUAUUAUUAAGACAAUCAAAAAGAAUCUUACUAAUAAGAAACUUCAAUCACCCGAGCUUUUAUCAAGUCUUGAAACUGCUGUUAACCUCUCAUAUCUUAAAAAUGCAGCGGAUAAAUAUAAAGGUGAUUGGGUCGAUAAAUAUAAUAAAGCUCGUGAUUAUCUUUCUGAGAAAAUUGGCGAUGCUGAUGCUGAACAAGAAUUAUUGGAUUGUGCCGAUAAGUAUGUAGCUGAUAAAGUAGCGGAUAAAGCGAUUGAGGAACAUAAAAAGGAUAUGAUUGCUCUUAAUAAAGAAGAAAAACCUAAAGCUAAAAGCUUUAUCGGUACUCUUUAUGAUGGAGCUGUUAAACUUGGAGAAAAUGUUGAAAAAGCCCUUGGGUUUGAUAGAGAAAAACUUAAAAAUUAUGAGAAAGCGGAAGCACUUACUAUAGUCCGGGACUCAGCGUCUCCUGAAAAAUGCAAUGAAAUCGUUGCAGAUCAAAAAGAUGAUGGAUGCAUUGAAUUAAGCGAUACAGUCUGUGAUGAAUUAGAUGCUCCUAAAGAAGAAAUUAUUAAGACAAUUAAAAAGAACAUUACGAAUAAGAAGCUUCAAUCACCCGAAUACUUAUCAAGUCUUGCAACUGCGGUUAACCUUUCGUACCUUAAGAAAACUGCACCUAAGCUUGAAGGUGAAUGGAAAGAUAAAUAUAAUAAAGCCCGGGAAUAUCUCUCAAAACAAAUAGGAGAUGCAAAUACCGAGAAGGAACUUGAAGAAUGCGCGGAUAAUUAUGUAGUCGAAAAUUGCAUUAAGAAGGUGAUUAAAAAUAAAAGGAGAAAUUCAGUUCGUGAGGCGCAAGAGUCAGUAACACCAGAAAAAUGCGAUGACAUAGUGUCUAAUCAAAAAGAUGAUGGAUCUUUUGAAGUUAGUGAGACAAUUUGUGAAGAAAUAGACGUUCCAGUUACCAAUGUAGUAACUGAAAUGAAAAAAUGUGCGCAAAGUCCGAAGCUUAGAUCUCCAGAAUCAGAACCAUGGUGGAAGACAGCAGUUGCUCUUAGCUACUUUAAUGUCGCCGCACCACAACAUAAAAAUCAAUUGGAAGAUAAAUAUAAUAAAGCUCGUAAAUACCUUUCUGAUCAAAUCGGAGAUGCUGAUGCUGAAAAAGAAUUGUUAGAUUGCGCAGAUCAAUAUCUGGUUGAUAACAUUACUAAAAAGGUUGAAAAAGAUCAUAAGAAAAAAGCUGCAAUUGCUGUUGUUCAAGAAUCAGCUUCUCCUGAGAAGCAUAAAGAAAUUGUAUCCAAACAAAAAGACGAUGGCAGCAUCGAAAUUGAUGAUACAAUAUGUAAGGAAUUGCAU